GCAAAAACACAAAUUAUUCACAUAUGAUUCUUUAGCAUAUCUCAAUAAAGCCUGAGAAGCUCCUAAUUGUAUAAGUAUAAAGAAUCUAAUCCUUAGUGUGACUAAAGGGAUUAACCAUGUGAAUAUAUUUAAACUAAAAUCCACAUCCCCAUUCAUGGGCGUUUUAUGUAGUUUGACAGGUGCGUGAACGGCCCAAAAACAAACAGCUGAGCAAGCGUGGAGGGUUUGGGUUGUUUAUGGCCGUUUAAUGGCUGUAUUAAGAGUUUCGCUGAUGGCUGGUGCGCGGUGGUUUUUACGCGGCGGACAAGGCCGGUGUCAAGCGGCGGCGCGGCGGCGCGGACCCCGGGGACGACGGCACUCGCAAAAAGCACCUCAUUCAUAAGUGAUGGAACAGCGGCGCAUGUUCACACGCCUACACAUCCACUGUACUAACACCACUUAGCGCGUAGUGAACUCGGGAUUGACAGCGCUGCGGCUAAUGCACUUUGCACACGUUGCAAACCAUUAACUGCGUGGAUGUUUGUUUUUUUUAGUCAUUUCUUACAGUGUUGGCACGAGGCGGCCCCUCGCCAACAAAGCACUUAAUAUGCAAAUCAGGGGGAAAAUAAGAAGUAAAGUUUUACCCCUUAGUAAAUCUGGGGGGGAAACACAUGAGUGAGCACGUAAAGAAGCAUAUGAGAAAUGACAUUUCUUUUUGCCGGUUAUUUUUGUGCCCUCUGCAUAAUGGUUUGAAUCUAUAAUUUAGUCCCCAGUAGCCCUCCAGCGCCAGGGCCCGGCAUGUGAUGCGUCAGCAGCUGUGUCGUCGUUCACAACGUACAGUUGUGCAUCCUCUCCCGCGGUAGCGCAUCCUCCUCAGAGCCGCGCUGUCACUGCAAUUACAGGAACACGCACUCUCAAAUCCGCCUUUGUGCGUUAAACAGGUCACCGCCGCAAAGUUCCAAGACAAACACAGCCUUAUUGUGCUGCGGCCUUCACUCCUGUGCAUUAAUAUCACCUGAUCUGAGCAAUUCAUCAGGCUCCACGGGACAGAUAAUAGUGGCUUUGUGACACUGGCCUCAUCUUGGCUGCGCGUGUGGCUUUUCUGCAAACAUCGCCCGGACAACAACACAUCAGACAAUAACCGGGCAAAUAUUAGUUUUGGAGCUGUUAGACGCGUGGACUCUGGAUCUGGAGGGAGGAAGCUGACACCGUUUAUUGUGAUGGAUAAUUUUGCAACUUGUUGUUUGCAGGAAAGUAACUAAAUGACUUCUUGAAAUAGAAUUACAGCACUUUUGAUAUUAUCAGAAAAACUUAGUAACUUAAAAAUAUAAAUUGAAUUUUGAUUCAUUUUUACAUUUUAUAUUUUAUAUUUUUAGAUUUAAUUUUCAUUUUUAUUUUGAAUCCAUCCAUCCUGGUGUAAAACAAAUAUCAAAAAAUCCUAUUACUGAUUCAGUGUAGUAGUAAAAUAAGCAAAAUUUCUUAAUUAAGAGUAAUAUUAUUAAGCUACACAAGUCCGACUGGCCUAGAAGCUCAGAUAAUACUCCAGCCCAGUGCUUAUUCCCUUGAUGAUCACGCUGGUAGAAAUGCUACUAUAAUCCUCAGUUAAUGAUUCACCUCAUCUGAUAAUCCUGUCUGAUAAAGAUCCUCUGAGGAAUAUUCCUUAAUCCGCACGAUCAACAAGGUCUUAGGUUGCUUUCACUGAAUAUCGUCAAGAAUCACUGACAAAGCGCAAAAUACAGCACAAUAGACUGGUAUCAAACAUAAUGGGUGACUUUAGGCAUACGCACAGUAUCCUUUUUGCACGUUACCACAUACAGUGCUGUAUGUUCUUCAUCAGUGGUGAGUGGUGACACAAACUGUACUGUACUGUAUGUAACAACAGGCCCAAAGCCCAGCAGAGAAGAACCAGAACUGCACAGUGUCACCUGUGUGAAGAUGUUUGUUACAGCUGGACACGUCCAGGGGCUGAUGGAGCUGAUGAUGCCUGUUUUAAAUAUUGAUGCCGUCUACAGGUGCAGUUGACUGACUGCAGAUUUUUAAAACCUAACCUGGAACUGUACUUUGAAUGAACUCUGCACUCUGUGAAGUAUUCGCUAGUUAUUUAUCCUUAGGUGCAGUAUAAAUGUAGUAAAUGUAAUAAAGCUUCUUUUAAAUGUUUUGUUUACUCCAAAGGUUGGUGUGUGUUUCUGACCUUCUUCCUGGCGUUCAGCGUUGCAGCAUGAGACGACACGGACAGGUUCUGCAUGACUUCACUUCAUUGAACAUUCACACCAUCAUUUCCGUGUCAACACACUGUCCACCUGUUUCCGGCAGCCUCACGCGCUGUCUCAGGUUUGACAGAUGAUGAAUCAUCUGAAACAUCAUAUCAGUGUCCUUUCUGAAAGGUUUCCUGUUGAUCUGAAUAUAGUCCCAAUUCUAGUGUAUGGCCCAGCCUAAUAUUUGUAUAUUGUCACGGAGCUUGAGCUGGAUUCUGUGCAGUCAUGUCAUUUUUGCGUUUAUUACAGUGUGUGAUAUGAUGUUGGGCUUUUAAUUUCGGAGCCACUGGUGGAAAUGAGCACUUCUUGACCAUUACUGAGUAAACCAUAACGCGCAUUUGAAGAGUCUAAAGCAUCCAGACGCAUUAACUAAAACCCGUGAAGGCGGCUCCGGUAUCAUGUUUGCCGCUUAAUGUGCUGUUUCCAGUCAAAUUUCGUAUCGCGUUACAACAUGCGCUCGGCUUCUCUGCUGUGAAGAAAAAAAAACAAAGCAUGUGAGCCAAUUGGUCACAAGGGGCAGUGUCCUGCCUGCAAUAGGAUUCACUGGCUCCACACACUAUUUAAAGCCUUCUUGUGGUGAUGAGUAGAGCAUCCAGGUCCUCAUCUCACCAGCAGCAUCACAGACACACAGUUCGUGCGAGGAGCAGCUGGACGCAACAAAACGGCUUCAACCUGCACCCCCUUGGAUGUCCCUCCGGACGCCGCAUCCCGGCCGCAUCCAGUGAGCGCGACGCCAUGAACUUCAGCAGGGAGGUGGCUCGACAGACCAGCUGCUACACGUACGUGAUCGAGGACGACGAGCCGGGCCUGGGGAGCCUGAACGUGUUCGAGUUGACGGAGAAGGGCGACCUGACUCUCCUGGAGAACCUGGUGAGGAGGAGCCCAGAGGUCCUGCAGGAGAAAGAUGAAUGCGGGGCCGGUCCCCUUCAUCACGCCGCCGCGGGGGGCUACGUCACCCUCAUCCAAUUCAUCACCACCCUCGCAGACUCGCAGGAGCUGAACAGCUGCGAUGAGCAGGGCAACGUGCCCCUGCACUGGGCAGUGGAGAGGAACAAGCCCGAGAGCUGCAGGGCUCUUUUGGACCUGGGGGCCGACCCCAAUAUCCUCAACGCGGCGCUGCUGUCCCCCCUGCACCUGGCCAUCAACCUAGGACACAACAGCCUGGUGGAGCUGCUGCUGUCCUACAGUGCUACAGACUGUAACCUGGAGGGGGAUCUGGGGAACAGCCCCGUGAUACUGGCCUGCUCCAUCAACAACUGCGAGGCCCUCAGCAUGCUGAUAAAACACGGCGCGAGGCUGUGCCAGCAGAACAAGCUCGGCCAUUUCGCCAUACACGCGGCUGCCUUCGCGGGCGCAAAGAAGGCCAUGGAAGUCAUCCUGAAGGCUGGAGAGGAGCUCGGCCGCUCAGCCGAGUGCCACAUUAACUAUUUAGACAAGUCCAAGAGCAGCCCGCUCCACCUGGCCGUGCGCGGUGGGAACAUCGACGUCAUCCGCUUCUGCAUCGCGAACGGGGCCAAAGUCGACCAGCAACAGAACGACAGGUGCACGCCGCUCCACCUGGCCUGCACCCAGGGCGCCACCGAGGUGGUCAAGCUGAUGCUCUCCUCCGUGGACCGCGUGGACGACAUCAUCAACCUGACCGACGGGGCGUGUCAGACCCCUCUGCACAGGGCUACAAUAUUUGACCAUGCAGAGCUGGCGGACUACCUCAUUUCUUUGGGCGCAGCGCUGAACCACAUCGACUGUAAAGGUCACUCUCCUCUGCUGCUGGCGACGAGCUGCGGCGCGUGGAGAACGGUGGCCCUGCUCCUGUCCAAAGGGGCUAACGUGAACGUGAAAGACAGGUGCGGCUGUAACUUCCUUCACUUGGCCAUUCUGCAGCCCAAGGGCCUGAAGAAUCUCCCGGAGGAGGUCCUGCAGAAGACCUGCGUGAAGACGCUGCUCAGCUGCGAGGACAGCGAGGGCUGCACGCCGCUCCACUACGCCUGCAGACUGGGCAUCCACGACUCCGUCAAGAACAUGCUGGGCCUCUCGGGGCAGGUCGGCCUCGCGUGCAAGUCCAAGGAUAAGAAGUCGGCCCUGCACUUUGCUGCUCAGUACGGCCGCAUCAACACGUGUCACCGGUUGCUGGAGAGCAUCACGGACUCCCGUCUGCUGAACGAAGGGGACGAGCGUGGCCUGACGCCGCUGCACCUGGCGUCGAGAGGCGGCCACACGAAGGUGGUGCAGCUGCUGCUGCGCAAAGGCGCGCUGUUCCACAGUGAUUACAAGGGCCUGACUUGUCUGCACCACGCUGCAGCUGAAGGAUACACACAAACGGUGGAGAUCCUCCUCUCGGCCAAUCCCAAGCUGCUGGAUAAAACCGAUGAAGACGGGAACACGGCACUCCACUUCGCUGCGAGGGGGGGGCACGUGGCUGCGGUCAGGCUCAUGCUGAACCGGGGAGCGGAGCUCGUCCUGAACAAGAACGACAUAUCGUUCCUGCAUGAAGCUCUGCAAAACGGAAGGAAAGACGUGGUCAACGCUGUAAUUGACAAUGAGAGAAGCACGGAGGCUUUGAAACUGUUCUCGCCCGACUCCAGCCAGCGAUGUCCCAUAUUUGACAUGAUUGAGUUUCAGCCCGAAACCUACAAGUACCUGCUGGAUCGCUGCGUGAGGGAGUCUGACGACGACCACAACAGCCCCGACUACCACAUUGAGUAUGACUUCCGGUGGCUCCAGGCUCCGCUGGAGGUGACGUUCGAGGAGAAGGGGAAGUAUCAGCCGCUGGCUGCCCUCAACGCCAUGGUGCAGUACAACCGGAUCGAGCUCCUCAACCACCCUGUCUGCAAGAAAUACCUGCGGAUGAAGUGGAUCGCGUACGGCAGCAGGGCUCAUCUGCUCAACAUGUUCCUGUACCUGCUGGGCCUGUUGCCCCUCACUCACCUGAUGGUCACCCUCAGACCCACCAUGAACACCACCGACACAGGCGAGCACCAGAUCAUCAUGGUGCCCACAUCCUUUAUUGAGCAAAGUCUGUUCUUGAGCUUCUGUAUGGUGAUGGUGCUGGUCAUGAACAUCUACUGCAUAGGCAAGGAAGUGGUGCAGAUAUCACAGCAGCGCUGGAAUUACUUCAAGGAUUUUUCCAACCAAUGUGACUGGAUGUCGGCCAUCUUCUCGCUCCUGUACAUCAUCCCUCUCAUGUCCAAUGCGGAGGGCUCUUUACACUGGCAGGCGGGGGCGGUGGCAGUUCUAAACUCCUGGAUUGGAUUCCUCCUGUAUCUCCAGAGGUUCGAGGGCAUCGGCAUCUACGUUGUGAUGUUUGGGGAGAUCAUGAAGACGCUGGUUCGCAUUGUAAUGCUGUUCACGUAUCUGAUGUUAGCAUUUGGAUUGGCGUUUCAUGCUCUGAUGCUAAACCAGAAACAGUUCGAGAGCGUGCCGCUCUCGGUGAUGCAGACUUUUGCCAUGAUGGUCGGGGAGCUGAACUACCAGAACAACUUCCUCGAAACCUAUCUCGACAAUAAACUUCCCUUUGGUUUCCUGACUUACUGGGUUUUUGUGGCCUUUGUUCUGCUCAUGCCAAUUCUGUUGGUGAACCUGUUGAUCGGCUUAGCAGUUGGGGACAUUGCAGAGGUCCAAAGAAAUGCUGCUCUGAAGCGAAUUGCCAUGCAGAUUGACCUCCACACGGCUCUGGAAGACAAACUCCCCUACUGGUUUAUGAAGCGAGUCGACAAACCCUCCGUCACCAUCUACCCAAAUCGCAAGUGCUCCCGGCACUAUUUAAAGCAGUUAAUCACGGGCGAAGAGGAGACCAGUGAAGUGUGGAGUCGUCUUCAGGCCAAAUCCCAGAACUGCUCAAUGAUAGAGAACGAGCUCCGAAAGCAGAAGUCCAGGAUGAAGGAGAUGUCGAGCCUGCUGGAGAAGCAGCACAGCCUCCUGAAGCUCAUCAUCCAGAAGAUGGAGAUCAGCUCGGAGGCGGACGAGUGCGACGGCCCGGCGACCGCCAAAGGCAGCAUGUGGCCCAGCAUGAGCCAGGUGAAGGCGAGGGGCCACGCGGUGUCCCGCUGGGUUCCGCUGAUGAAGGCCAUCGAGUCCAAGAGGAAGUGAAGAACAUAUCUACACGCCCAUGCGAUUAUUUAGUACAAAAUGCAUAAAUGUGAACGUAUACAGUGUAACGGUGUAAUUCAUUACGUAGACUUGUCUGUAAUUCAUCUUAAAUGUGAAACGCGCUCCUUCCACUGCCUUAUAUUUCUUCCAUCUCAUCAUUAAACAUAUUUCAAAGUG